AUGGACGACAAGAACAAGGGUUUCUCGCUCCGUCAGAAGAAAUCAAAGCGCAUUCCCAUCAGCGGUCCCAAACCAAUAUCAGGACCGAUCUCUCAAACGAAGCCCCCGACUCUCAAUGGCUCCACACGUACGAAUACCACUGGGAGGACAGAUACAGCCAAUACCGCUGACAUAGUCAAAAGAAGAUACUCUACAAGAUUUAAUCAGCUCCCAGACUUUAACACAGCCAAUGCACCGCCCGUUCCAUCGCUCUCUCAAGGCUAUUCCAAGCCCAGCAGUCACGGGCAGCAGCAAGCCGGCCAAGGUCUGAAAAUACCACUGGACGUGAAUGCUCUCAAAGACCCUGCCUUUCAAACCGAGAAAUACUCGACCAAUCUGCUUGCUGAUGCCUCUGACCAAGACCUUCAAGAUUACCAGGGAACUCUACGCAAGCUGAAGAACCGUGCCUCGAGCGACAUUCAGCAGAAUGUCUAUCAAAAUCGAUCUCAAUUCAUUAAGGUUAGCAAAGAAGCCGAGAAAUUAAAGGGCGAAAUGCGAACAUUGCGAGGUCUGAUUUCCGAGCUCACUUCGGCGGUAAGCCAGGCUUCUAUCAGUGCUGGCGCUCUAGAACCUACAGUCACAAUAGACGAUGAUGCUCGAUCAAGGGCACGAAAGCAGGCAAAUAGAAGUUCGGUGGCCAAUCUAGAAGCCAUGUGGAGCGCACAGCUGCACACAUUGUGGAAAAAAAUCGAGGGAUCGCAGAAAUUCCUCCCCGCGAUCCCAGGUCGGCAUGUCGUUACGGAGCAACAGCAUUGGCUAGAGCUUGAUGCGGCGACCUGGAAAACAAAAAGACACGCGCACAUUUUUCUCUUAAACGACCAUCUGAUGAUAGCCGGUCGGCGAAAAAAGCGCGUCGAUGCCAGUACGGCCGCUGACGCAAAACAAAGUCAAAGCACGAGAGCGGUUGCAGACAGAUGUUGGCCUCUACAAGACAUAGAUAUGGUCGAUCUUGCCUCGAAUGCCUCGGGUGCAGGCGAUAAGCGCGGCAUGUCCAAUGCAAUUAGCAUUCGAUGUGGUCAAGAAUCAUUCACGUACCGCAGCGACAAAACGACAACUGCAGACAAGAUGAAGUUGCUUCAAGAUUUUCGACGAACAGCAGACGAACUACGCAGAACGCUCAGAGCCGAUAUGGAGGAGCAAAGUAACAAGACAAGAGAGAACAUGGAUUAUCUUACCACUAGGGAUCCCGCUCUUUCUAACAAAACCGAACUUCUGAGAAAAAUUAGCAAUGCCAAAGAUAGGCCAGAAAUCAUGAUCGAGGUCGAUGGCAAACAUCAGAACCUCCGAUGGGUGGAAGGCCAAAUUGAUGAGCUUGAUAGCGAAGUCGCCCUCCAGCGCUUCGAGGAGGCUGUGCGAAGGAUCGAGAAGCUGCGGAAGCUCGCCAAAGGGCUCAAGGGGAACAUGAUCGCUCAAGACCUCAUCAGCACCAAGGUCGACGAGCGAGCCCGCAAACUCGCUGAAUUGACAGACAUCCUUAAUCUCCGUCUUUCAGCCACUCACGCCCACCUCGCUCCGACCCAAAAGCACAUAGCUUACCUAGUCCGUCUUUCAUUCGACGCCUUGGCGCGGGAAACCUACCUUUCCGCGCGCAAAGCCCUCAUCAAUACUCGCGCCCGAAGUAUCAUCUUCGAAGGCGACCUGCGUCAUCACGUCUUCCAGCUCAGCUUCGUCUACUUUUCCCUCAUGCGAAACACCGUAAAGGUAUACCAGCAGUGCUUUCCGCCACUUAUGUCGAGUGCCUGCGUGAAGUGGUGCCAUGAGCGAUUACAAGAAUUCAAUGACAGUCUCGGGCGGCAAUUGAGCAGUGUAACUACAGGAAGUCCAACGUAUGCAGAUAGUGUAGCGAGAGCGAAGGAGCAUGCCGGGAUGAUGGGGGAGGUGGGCUUGGACUUCAAAAGUUUGGUACAGCCAGCCGGGGUACAGAGAAUGGAAGGGUGA